AUGAAGAAAUCCAUCAUUCUUCUCACAGUUGGCCUUUUGGCUAUAUCCACCUUUGCAUCGGCUGACAUAUAUUUAAAAGAAACAUUCUCCGACGACGAAUGGGCAAAGCGUUGGACUCAGUCCGAACAUCGCGAUGACCUUGGUAAAUUCGAGGUGUCAGCAGGGCUAUUCUAUGCAGACGAGAAGGAGUCUCGCGGACUUAAAACUAUGCAAGACGCAAAGUUUUAUGCCAUAUCUACGAAACUGGACAAGGUAUUGGACAACACCGAAAAGGAUUUGGUUGUUCAAUUCUCCGUGAAGCAUGAACAAAACAUCGAUUGCGGUGGUGGAUACGUUAAG